AUGUUCCUAGGAGGGAGUCAGAUGGACCGCGACUCUGCGACCGCCUACAGUAAGUCCCUUGGCAGACAUCGCCAUUGAUCUGGAAAUGCAGCUCCUGCCUUCCUUGUUUUCUGAGACGGUGAAUCUCUACAGCAGGCAUCCCCAAACCCAGCCCUCCAGAUGUUUUGGCACUACAACUCCCAUCAUCCCUAGCUAACUCUGCUCUGGUCAGACCUCACCUGGAGUACUGUGUCCAGUUCUGGGCACCACAGUUCAAGAAGGACACUGACAAACUGGAACGUGUCCAGAGGAGGGCAACCAAAAUGGUCAAAGGCCUGGAAACGAUGCCUUAUGAGGAACGGCUAAGGGAGCUGGGCAUGUUUAGCCUGGAGAAGAGGAGGUUAAGGGGUGAUAUGAUAGCCAUGUUCAAAUAUAUAAAAGGAUGUCACAUGGGAGGGAGGGAGGGAGAAAGGUUGUUUUCUGCUGCUCCAGAGAAGCGGACACGGAGCAAUGGAUCCAAACUACAAGAAAGAAGAUUCCACCUAAACAUUAGGAAGAACUUCCUGACAGUAAGAGCUGUUCGACAGUGGAAUUUGCUGCCAAGGAGUGUGGUGGAGUCUCCUUCUUUGGAGGUCUUUAAGCAGAGGCUUGACAACCAUAUGUCAGGAGUGCUCUGAUGGUGUUUCCUGCUUGGCAGGGGUUUGGACUCGAUGGCCCUUGUGGUCUCUUCCAACUCUAUGAUUCUAUGAUUCUAACAGGACCAGUGCUCAGGGAUGAUGGAAACUGUAGUCCCAAAACAUCUGGAGGGGCGAGUUUGGGGAUGCCUGCUCUACAGGGACUUCCUAGUCUGGAAAAAAUAAUAGAAUCGGAGUUGGAAGGGACAAGGACCCUCCAGCCUAGGGGUCAGCAAUCUUUUUCAGCAGGGGCCUGUCCACUGUCCCUCAGACCUUGUUGGGGGCCGGACUAUUUUUUUGGGGGGGAAUGAACGAAUUCCUAUGCCCCACAAAUAACCCAGAGAUGCAUUUUAAAUAAAAGCACACAUUCUACUCAUGUAAAAACAUGCUGAUUCCCGGACCGUCCACGGGCCAGAUUUAGAAGGCUACUGGGCCGGAUCUGGACCCUGGGCCUUAGUUUGCCUACCCAUGAUAGAGACAGGGGUCAGCAAACUUUUCCAGCAGGGGGCCGGUCCACUGUCCCUCAGACCUUAUUGGGGGCCGGACUAUAUUUUGAAAAAUAAUAAUGAACAAAUUCCUAUGCCACACAAAUAACCAAGAGAUGCAUUUUAAAUAAAAGGACACAUUCUACUCCUGUAAAAACAUGCUGAUUCCCGGACCGUCCAUGGGCCGGACUGAGAAGGCGAUUGGGCCGGAUCCGGCCCCCGGGCCUUAGUUUGCCUACCCAUGCUCAGUCUAGCCCAACCCUCUGCAAUGUAGGGAUCUUUUGCCCAGCGUGGGACUCGAACACCCAACCCUGAGAUUAAGAGUCUCACACUCUGCCGACUGAGCUACCCCAUCAGUUCAUUUGUCUUGCCCUGGUGUCGUUGCCUGAGGCCUGGUGUGACAGUAACAAAGUGGAGAUUACACCGAUUAAUUAACGGGGACAUUACAGAGAGGGAACUUUUCUGUGUAAGGGUAUUUCAUAGAAUCAUAGAAACUUAAGAGUGGGAAGGGGCCUGAGGGUCAUCUAGUCCAGCCCCCUGCAAUGUAGGAAUCUCAGCUAAAGCAUCCAUGGCAGACGGCCACUCAACCUCUGCUUAAAAACCUCAAAGGAAGGAGAAUUCACCACCUUCCAAGGGAGACUGUUUCACUGUCAAACAGCUCUUGCCAUCAGAAAGUUCUUCCUGAUGUUUCGUCGGAACCUCCUUCCUUGUAACUUGAAGCCAUGGGUUCUAGUCCUACCAUCCAGAGCAAUAAUAAUAAUAAUAAUAAUAAUAAUAAUAAUUUAUUUAUACCCCACCCAUCUGGCUUGGUUUCUCCAGCCACUCUGGGCAGCUUCCAACAGAAUAUUAAAACACAAUAGUCUAUUAAACAUUAAAAGCUUCCCUAAACAGGGCUGCCUUCAGAUGUCUUCUAAAAGUCUGGUAGUUGUUGUUCUCCUUGACAUCUGGUGGGAGGGUGUUCCACAGGGCGGGUGCCACCACCAAGAAGGCCCUCUGCCUGGUUCCCUGUAACCUCACUUCUCGCAGCGAGGGAACCGCCAGAAGGCCCUCGGCGCUGGACCUCAAGCUUGUUCCAUGUGACGGCCCUUCAGAUUUUUGAAGCUGGCUCUCAUAUCUCAUCUCAGUCUCCUCUUUUCCAUGCUAAACAUGCCCAGCUCCUUCAGCCGUUCCUCAUCAGGCUUGGUUCCCAGACCUUUGAUCAUCUUGCUCACCCUCCUCUGCACACCUUCCAGCUUGUCCACAUCCUUUCUAAGGAUGGUCCUUCAUACUAUCUGUCCAUGGGACUCUUCCCUUGUGUUUUAUGCCACUUUGGAUGAAAUCAUGAAUAUUUGUGGAGCCCAGUAGUUGGCACGAUCAUCCUGCUACCAAGAUAACAGCUGGAGCCACCAACGCCUACUGUUUAUUGGUUAAACCCAGGGGUAGGGAACCUCUUCCAACAUGAGGUCCACUUUUGCUUCUGGGCAACUUUCCAGGGGCCACGUAGCCGUGCUGGGAGGGGCCGGAGGGAAAAGUGGGUGGAGUCACAGAUGUGACGUCACCUUGUGUAAAGCAGGCUAGGUUAAGGUUACCAGAUUUCUUCCAAAGAGGACACUUUUUUUAAAAAAAAGAGAAAAAAAGUUAUUAAAAUUUUUUGUGUUUUUUUUUUUAGAAAAGAAGUAAUAUCUUCUCUUCUGUGGUCUCCUCUGUUGCGUGGCCUUCUUCUGGGCUCCGGCCUGCUCUCUUGGAGCGCUAGCUGCCGUGGAGUAGGCUCAGGUCGGACCUGGGCUCAGCCACGUGUCCUUGCCCUCCCGGUGCUCUCCUACCUCUCCUCAACGGGAGCACCAGUGCGGCAAAGUUGGGGAUGCCCUCUUUUUUCUCCUUCCUCUUUCUCUCUCUUCCUUCUCCUUCUCCUCUCCUCCGCUGCACCGCUGGGCAGUCGGCUAAGUGGCCAGGCACUCUCGCUCCCAGCUCAAUUUGGGUCGCCGGGGGGGGGCGUGUUCAGUGGUUUCCCCAGUUGACGCGCUGGGUGUCCCCAGUUCCCCCUUGGCAGUGGCAGCAACAGUUUCAGCAGCCCGGAGCCAGCCUGGUAGCGCAGUUGGCUCUGGCUGGCUUCAGGAGCUGCUCGCUGCUGUGGCGCCUGCCAUUUUGCCUCGCCGGAAGUCCUCAUAUGAUGUGUCUUGUGCCGUUGAACCAAUCACGCAACAUUCAUUCCCUCCUGAAUGAACUUCAAUACGGUCACAGACCAGGAUAAAAAAACAUAUAAAUAAAAUAGCAGCUGGGAUUUUUUUAACAGAUAAUUGUUAGAGCAAAUAAGGACAAAGAAACAAGCAUACGAUAAAACAUCUGAAUAAAAUACAAGAUUAAACACGGAUAAUGGAUGGAUAAAAACUGAUAAUUAAAACAGUUAAGAACUAAAAACAAACAAAAACACGCAGUUAAAAGUACUGUAAGAGCAUAAGAACUAAAAGACUCGCAGGUAAAACUACUAUAGGAGGCUGCAGAGUAGAAGCCUCUGAAAUAGAGGACACUCACAACAUUAGAAACUGAUGUGCAAAUAUGGUUAACUUAAGACUUAAAACUUCGUUCCCUCAUAAUAAAUCUACAACACUUAAAAUAUAAAUCUGGCGACUUUAAAUGAAAUCCGGGGACGGAUUUUGUCCGGGGACAGAUUUGUAAAUCCAGGGACUGUCCCCGGGAAACGGGGACGUCUGGUAACCAUAGGCUAGGUUCCAGCCAUGCAAAAUCCAGAGUUGUAGAAACUUCUGCAGGCGCCACUCCAAUCUCCAUCCAGGCCCCUUCUGGCCAGGCAAAUAUCACUCAAGGAGGGCGUGAGAUGGGGAUGGUGAGGGGUCUGGCCUAGGGGAAGGGUGUGUGGCCUGGGCGGAGUCCUGAGGGCCGGAUAGAAGAGCCUUGGGGGCCGCCCCCUACCCUGGUUUAGAGCUGUGCUGCGACUCCUUUCCGCUCACGCCUCUCCCACUUUUCCACGGCUUUCGGCAGGGAUGGGAGUGGAGAUGCUGAGCACCCUGGUGGGGUCGGGUAUCCAGGGGCAAAUCGUCGGGAGUCACCAUGCCAGCAUGAGGAAGAGGUGCGACGUGGCGAAUGGCACCCUGGCAGAAAACUACACCUCUCUGCUCCCGGACGUGCUGGAGAAUGCGGUAAGACUUGGGCUGUAGGCAACCAGCCAUAUGGGAGCUGAAAUGGGACUGGGAGCCGCAUGGAACAAGCGAGAGCUGCAACAAAAUGUUGCAGCAUGCCCCAGCCUAACAGAGCUGCUCCUGUUCAGGGUUCUAGCAAGCGUAACCUUCCUUGAGGAGGCUCCAUUCCCCAAUGCUGCCAUCCCUAUUCAGAUUAGCUCCAUUAAUAAUAGUAUUACAGUCAUACCUUGGGUUACAGAUGCUUCAGGUUGCGUUUUUUUUGGUUACAGACGUGCCGAAACCCGGAAGUACCAGAACAGGUUACUUCCGGGUUUUGAUGGUCGCGCCAAAUUGCAACUUGCGCGUGCACACGCGCUUCCCACACAGAUCACAUUUGCAAUGCAAGUGUCCACUGUAGUAGUAAAAGGUAAAGGGACCCCUGACCAUUAGGUCCAGUCGCGGCCGACUCUGGGGUUGCGGCUCUCAUCUCGCUUUACUGGCCGAGGGAGCCGGCGUACAGCUUCCGGGUCAUGUGGCCAGCAUGACUAAGCCGCUUCUGGCAAACCAGAGCAGCGCAGGUAAACACCGUUUACCUUCCCGCCGGAGUGGCACCUGUUUAUCUACUUGCACUUUGACGUGUUUUCAAACUGCUAGGUUGGCAGGAGCAGGGACCGAGCAACGGGCGCUCACCCUGUCACGGGGAUUCGAACCGCCGACCUUCUGAUCGGCAAGCCCUAGGCUCUGUGGUUUAACCCACAGCGCCACUCACGUCCCUCUGCAGUUUCUCUACAACUCUCUAAUCUGGCCUGCAUCCAGCCCUAUAUUCAAACAGCAGGGAGUUUCCACAGUGCAAAAUCCUAGGUUGGCAGGAGUAGUAGUAGUAAUAAUAAUAAUAAUUCAUUAUUUAUAUCCCGCCCACCUGGCUGGGUUUCCCCAGCCACUUGUGGGAUGUAAUCCAUUGGUGCAAUCAGAUGCAGCAUUCCUUAUUUCCCUAGAGUGGGCACAGGCAGGGGGGCAUCCAGUCAGGGUAACUUCCUCUUAGACUGGUCUGGAGCUUCCUCUCCCUGCAUAGAAUCAUAGAAUCAUAGAGUUGGAAGAGACCACAAGGGCCAUCGAGUCCAAACCCCUGCCAAGCAGGAAACACCAUCAGAGCACUCCUGACAUAUGGUUGUCAAGCCUCUGCUUAAAGACCUCCAAAGAAGGAGACUCCACCACACUCCUUGGCAGCAAAUUCCACUGUCGAACAGCUCUUACUGUCAGGAAGUUCUUCCUAAUGUUUAGGUGGAAUCUUCUUUCUUGUAGUUUGGAUCCAUUGCUCCGUGUCCGCUUCUCUGGAGCAGCAGAAAACAACCUUUCUCCCUCCUCUAUGUGACAUCCUUUUAUAUAUUUGAACAUGGCUAUCAUAUCACCCCUUAACCUCCUCUUCUCCAGGCUGCAUGUGACCUGGGAGAUGAGCAUGGCUCUGGCUGACUCCACAAAAGAGCCAAGUCACGAAGCCAUGUUCUCAGUUCGUCUGUCUUCUCCAUACUGUCUUGUUGCUGUUCUUUUGGUGCCAUGCUGCUCUUCUGCCGCCAUUUUGUUGCCUCAAUGCAAUUUUGCUCUCUGCUGGCUCUCAGCCAGCAGCACAUGAGUUCAGUCUCCCUAUGAGAUGAACUCGCAGAUUCUUGUAUAACUAUUAAGAAAAGCCUGCCUUCCGGGAAUCAUAUUGCGAACUGAAAUGUGAAUAAACCUUUUGUUACUUUGCUCAGAAAGACUCUUGUGUCUUUUUAGGUAAAGGUAAAGGUACCCCUGCCCGUACGGGCCAGUCUUGACAGACUCUAGGGUUGUGCGCUCAUCUCACUCUAGAGGCCGGGAGCCAGCGCUGUCCGGAGACACUUCCGGGUCACGUGGCCAGCGUGACGAAGCUGCUCUGGAGAACCGGCACCAGAGCAGCACACGGAAACACCGUUUACCUUCCCGCUAUAAAGCGGUACCUAUUUAUCUACUUGCACUUAAGGGUGCUUUCGAACUGCUAGGUGGGCAGGAGCUGGGACCGCACGACGGGAGCUCACCCCGCCGCGGGGAUUCGAACUGCCGACCUUACGAUCGGCAAGUCCUAGGCACUGAGGUUUUACCCACAGUGCCACCCGUGUCCCGGCAAGUCCUAGGCGCUGAGGCUUUACCCACAGCGCCACCCGCGUCCCGGCAAGUCCUAGGCACUGAGGUUUUACCCACAGCGCCACCCGCGUCCCGGCAAGUCCUAGGCGCUGAGGCUUUACCCACAGCGCCACCCGCGUCCCGGCAAGUCCUAGGCACUGAGGUUUUACCCACAGCGCCACCUGUGUCUUUUUAAGCGGGAUCAAAAGGGGACACCAGGAAUAAACGAAACCUGCAAACUAGCUUCUACUAUAUUGAGGGGAAUCUUCUCUGCUACAUCACUUACUAGCGUGAGUGAGGGAAGGCUAAUACUUAUUCAAUAUACAGUGGUACUUCGGUUUACGAACAGAGGUAAAGUUUUCAAACCAGGACACUACUUCCAGUUUUGCGGAGUUUGUAAACCAAAUAGUUCGUAAACAGGGCUGUUCUUAAACCGAGGUACCACUGUAUCCUUUCCUACAAUCUUUAAUAUUCCCAUACUACUCUGGGCGGCUCCCAACAGAAUUAAAAGCACAACAGAACAUUAAACAUUAAAAACUUCCCUAAACGAACCUUUACAUGGCUAAUCCACUCAGUGGGUUUACUCUGAGUGGAAUAUGCAUGCAUUGCACCAGAGAACAAGCCAUCAGAUUUUGACUGGUUGUGAUUUUGCACUUGGCCAGUAAAUGGUUUUCUCUGUUUCCCUUUCAGCGCACGGCGUAUGUUGUUGCCUCCCUGGUUCUUGGCUCUCUUUAUUUCCUUUCCUGUUUGGUCCUCUUCUUGGGAGUGAAAGAGCAGCCAGGUAAACGUAUAACUAUUUCAUAUUUUUGGCGCUCACUGUGACUUUUCUUGAAGGUUCAGCCCUGGGUCUGGUCACAAGAUCCAGGGUACAUCCAGACAGAUGCUUAUGGUGGGAUGGCUGCGGCUUAUGCAUGCAAGAUUCUUUGCAAAGUCCAAAAAAGACCCAUCUUCCCUUCUGAAAAAGUUAAAACACACCCAUACAUUGCUGUUGCCAAUGACCCAUUUGCAUCUUCUGAAUUGCCUGCUUGCAAUAUUAAGAUCCUGUCUGGAAACACCCUGCGAAGAAAGAAAUGCGUUGUUGUUUAGUUGUUGUUGCUUUUGAAUUCUGGUGCUGGAGGAGACACUUGAGAGUCCCAUGGACUGCAAGAAGAUCAAACCUCUCCAUUCUGAAGGAUACCAGCCCUGAGUGCUCGCUGGAAGGACAGAUCCUGAAGCUGAGGCUCCAAGACUUUGGCCACCUCAUGAGAAGAGAAGACUCUCUGGAAAAGACCCUGAUGUUGGGAAAGAUGGAGGGCACAAGGAGAAGGGGAUGACAGAGGACGAGAUGGUUGGACAGUGUUCUCGAAGCUACAAACAUGAGUUUGACCAAACUGCGGGAGGCAGUGGAAGACAGGAGUGCCUGGCGUGCUCUGGUCCAUGGGGUCACGAAGAGUCGGACACGACUAAAUGACUAAACAACAACAACAUCAAUAUGUCCAAAUUUUUGUCCUUCCAAAUUAUCCAUUCUUUCUACUACAUCACAAAUCCUGCUAAUGUUUUAACUUGCUUACAAUGGUCUUGUAAGUAAAUUAUAAACUUUUCCCUUUCUUUUUUUAAAAAAGUUCUUGCCCUCUUGGUUUCUGAGCUUCCCAGUUAAUUUUGCCGUUUUGGCAUAGUCCAUCAACUUGGUUUGCCAAAGGAAAGCUUAAAGGAAGUUAAUGCUAGCCUGCUCCCCUUCUAUUACACCAUACGUUGGGCAUACGCCUUGGGCAUUCUGGUGUAGAAAGGCAAUUCAGAAAUGGCAGAAAUAAAUCCAUGUUACUGUUCCUUUCUUCCCUCUUUCUUUUUCUUUUUUGCCAGGACGAUACACCCCUUUGGGGAAGACCAGACUCCCAUUCUUUGCCAGUCUGCGGGCCGUCCUAAGCCACAGCUCCUACACCCGGCUCCUUGCAGGUUUCUUGCUGGCAUCGCUGGCCUUCCAGGUAACAGCAGGCCCUACCAUGGCUGGGUAACAGGGCUUUCCUGGGGCGGAAGCGGGACACAAUUGCUCAGCGCUACACUGAAUUUGCCGGACAGGCCAUAGCUCAGCAGUAAUAAUAAUAAAUAAUAAUUUUUUAUUUAUACUCCGCCCUUCCCGGUUCAGAAAACCGGGCUCAGGGCAGCUAACAACAAAUUUAAAACACGUAAUUGAUGUAACAAAAAACAGCAUAAAAUACAGUAUAAAACGUGAAUAACGAUAAAUUCAGAAUUCAAAAAUCAAUUUAGGGGGAAAUCCAUCAAAUAAACAUUAGAUGAUCACCGGGGCUAGCUGGCUAAAUUAGUCCUAUUUGGGCCAGUGAGGAGACCAGGGGAGAAUUAACUGUGGGAUCCCAGAGCAGGUAAUCUUCAUAAAAAGGGGAGAGAGAGGGAAGGAAGGGGAAUAAAAGAUCAGGCUAAGUUCAAAUUGAAAGCCAGGCGGAAUAGCUCUGUCUUACGGGCCCUGCAGAAGGAGGUUAAAUACUGCAGGGCCCUGGUGUCAUGGGACAGAGCAUUCCACCAGGUCGGAGCCACCACUGAGAAGGCCCUGUCCCUGGUGGAGGAUAAUCUAACUUUUGUAGGGCCCAGGACCUCUAAACUAUGGACCUUAAGGUCCUCUGCGGGGCAGACCAGGAGAGGCGGUCCCGUAGAGCACCUGCUUGGCUUGCCGAAGGUUCAAUCCCUGGCAUCUCCAGUUAACGGGAUCCAUAGCAAGGGAUGGGAAAGUCCUUUGCUCCUUUCGACCCUGUUCACUGAUUGGCAGCAUGUGCAAAACGCACUUUCAACCCAGGUGUAUCUUUACCUGCCCCAGGUAAGGGCAGGUGAGUGUGGCUUGACCAAAAGAACCUGGCAAGGUGGUGUUUCCCCACCACUGAUUUUCAUUCUGAAAACAGAGGAUAAAAAUGGAAGCAAUGGUUUAGCAGGGAGUGGCAUGCCACACUUGCCCGUUCAGCGCCCGAGUGCUCGCUGAGGCUGUUCCGUUUCCACCCACAGCUUGCCCAGGGAAUCUUUGCCUUCUUCUGCACUCACGCAGCUGGACUGCCUGGCAGCUUCCAGCAUCUGGUGCUCAUCAUGUUGGUAUGUAUUGCCUGACCUUUUUUUAAAAUCGUUUUUAUUUGAUUUUUCAAAUAUAAAUUUAUAACAAAACCAAAUACAUUUCCAUAUACAGUGGUACCCUGGUUUACGAGCAUCUCGGAAACCGAACAUUUUGGUUUUUGAACGCUGAAAAAGCGGAAGUAAAUGCUUAUGUUUUCGAACGCGCCUCGGAAGUUGAACGGCUUCUGCUGUGUUUUUUCCACAUUUUCUGCAUUGACUUUGCAUACUGCCCUUUGCGCCACGGUUGUCAAAUGUUUCGGAAGUCGAAUGGUCUUCCAGAUUGGGUUACAUUCCACAACCGAGGUACCACUAUAGAGAGAUUUCUCUGAAUCUCGAGACCUCUGCCCAUCCCCUCCAUGGCUCCUAAUGUCAAUGUUUUCAACUGCAUAUUAUAUCAAAUCUAUAUUUUAUAUAGAUUUUAUAUAUGGGACAUGGGUGGCGCUGUGGGUUAAACCACAGAGCCUAGGACUUGCCGAUCAGAAGGUCGCGGUUCGAAUCCCCACAACAGGGUGAGCUCCCGUUGCUCGGUCCCUGCUCCUGCCAACCUAGCAGUUUGAAAGCACAUCAAAGUGCAAGUAGAUCAAUAGGUACCACUCCGGCGGGAAGGUAAACGGCGUUUCCGUGCGUUGCUCUGGUUCGCCAGAAGCGGCUUAGUCAUGCUGGCCACAUGACCCGGAAGCUGUACGCUGGCUCCCUUGGCCAGUAAAGCGAGAUGAGCACCGCAACCCCAGAGUCAGCCACAACUGGACCUGAUGGUCAGGGGUCCUUUUACCUUUUAUUUAAUGAAUAUCUAUCCUGAUUUCUUUGUGGGGGACAUUAGAGGACAUUGCAUCAAGCGAGUGUCGUCCCACACUUUCCAGAACUGGGGUGCCAACUCGAAUAAAAUAUUGGGGAGAGAGCAGGUAAGCCCCACCCUGCAUCAUCAAUCACAUGACGUGGUACACACACACUAUUUGAAUGGCAAUGCCCAUCAGCUGGGGGGGGAGAGGUGGAGGUGGCCCUUCAAAUAUUUUAUGAGGGGGCAAAGCCCCCUCAGCCCCUAGGAGUUGGCUCCUAUGUUCCAAUACAUUUCCCCAUCACUUUCUGAAAUAUACUCAGAGUCAAGAGUGGAUUUCAUGCUCUUUAUUCAGCUCAUAGUGGUGAGGAGGAAUGGAAGUUCCCCCACAAUAUCUGCUUUGUUGUUGUUUAGUCGUUUAGUCGUGUCCGACUCUUCGUGACCCCAUGGACCAGAGCAUGCAAGGCACUCCUGUCUUCCACUGCUUCCCGCAGUUUGGUCCAACCAUCUCAUCCUCUGUCGUCCCCUUCUCCUUGUGCCCUCAAUCUUUCCCAACAUCAGGGUCUUUUCCAGGGAGUCUUCUCUUCUCAUGAGGUGGCCAAAGUAUUGGAGCCUCAGCUUCACGAUCUGUCCUUCCAGUGAGCACUCAGGGCUGAUUUCCUUAAGAAUGGAUGAGGUUUGAUCUUCUUGCAGUCCAUGGGACUCUCAAGAGUCUCCUCCAGCACCAUAAUUCAAAAGCAUCCAUUCUUCGGCGAUCAGCCUUCUUUAUGGUCCAGCUCUCACUUCCAUACAUCACUACCGGGAAAACCAUGGCUUUAACUAUACGGACCUUUGUUGGCAAGGUGAUGUCUCUACUUUUUAGGAUGCUGUCUUAGUUUGUCAUUGCUUUUCUCCCAAGGAGCAGGCGUCUUUUAAUUUUGUGACUGCUGUCACCAUCUGCAGUGAUCAUGGAGCCCAAGAAAGUAAAAUCUCUCACUGCCUCUAUUUCUUCCCCUUCUGUUUGCCAGGAGGUGAUGGGACCAGUGGCCACGAUCUUUGUUUUUUUGAUGUUGAGCUUCAGACCAUAUUUUGCGCUCUCCUCUUUCACCCUCAUUAAAAGGUUCUUUAAUUCCUCCUCACUUUCUGCCAUCAAGGUUGUGUCAUGUGCAUAUCUGAGGUUGUUGAUAUUUCUUCCGGCGAUCUUAAUUCCGGCUUGGGAUUCAUAAGCAGGGAGACUAUAUACAGCCUUGCCGUACACCUUUCCCAAUUUUGAACCAGUCAGUUGUUCCAUAUCCAGUUCUAACUGUAGCUUCUUGUACCACAUAGAGAUUUCUCAGGAGACAGAUGAGGUGAUUAGGCACUCCCAUUUCUUUAAGAACUUGCCGUAGUUUGCUGUGGUCAACACAGUCAAAGGCUUUUGCAUAGUCAAUGAUGCUUUAUAUACAUUAUUUACACAAUGGGCUGCACGUGAUUGGCUAAUUCCGGGAUUCUCCUGUAGGCCAAUCAGGUUGUGGAUUCACUUCCACCUGGAGCUGGAUUGGGUGGCUCCUGCAGACCAAUUAUACUGCUGCAUUUAGGAUCCUAUUCAACUCAGUACAUAACACUUUCCUUACUGCAAAAAAAUUUUUUGUGGGGGAAUUUAUUUUGUGGGGGAAGCAGGUUUGCUGUGCAAAAGCUCCAAACCAGCUUUCCUUGCACAGCCUGAAUUUGCUGGGAUACGGCUGAAUCCCACCCCAAAAUAGGGACAGUGUGCUGAUCCCGUGGGUUCCCCAAGAGGCGAGGUCCAAGGCCGGUCCGUAGUCAAAGGUGCAACGUGGAGGCAGUCCCUAGUAGCUGAAGCUGGGUGCAGGGCAGGAAGCCGGGAGAAGUCAGGAACAGGCUUGCAAGCAGGGAGCCAGGGCAGGUCAGGAGCUCAGGCAGGAAAGCAGGACAGGGUUCAGGCAGGAACUAGCAACCAACAAUGUUGCUCCCGCAACUUGGGACUGAGGCUGGCUGGCUUUUAUCUACCCUGAGGCAUAGGGCGGCCCCGAUCCUCUGGUGACUCGCCUCUCGUGGCCUGGAGGCGAGCACUCCUCCUGCGGGAACUUAGUUCCCUCUGCCUCUCUGCCCUGGGCCUCUGCAGCCCAGAAGAGGCUGGAGGGUUCCCGGACCCAGAGGCAACCUCCUCUUCCCCUGACGGGGCUGAGAGUGGAGCACCUGCAGGCAAUGGGUCCUCCAUCACCUCAGGAGCCAGAGCAGACUCAGCUGGUGCCUGCACCUGAGGACCCAGCACAGGUGAGGACUCUUCAGGCUCAUGCCCCAGCUCAGCUGGUUCUGGAGGUGGGGGAUCCUGUGCAGGCUGGGAUCCCUCAGGUUCAGCAUGCGAGUCCGAAUCCCAGGCCAUCACAGACAGUCUGGAAUUGUGCGUAAGUCUGACUUCCGCCUGAGCUUUGUGGGAGCAAAUCAGGAAGGAUGCUUAAGGAACAGGUCACCAGGCGGAGCCCUGAGGUGGGUUGCUCAUUCAUCUGCUGCGAUUAAUCUUCCUUAGAAAGCCGAAUAAGACUAUCCAAGUAAGAUAAAUACAGCCUUGUGCCAAAGAGCUCUGAAUUUCUGAAUUUUCUUAAUUUUUAUUAGAAAUUUUAUUUACAACAUAACAUAAACCCCCCAGUACAGAAAUCCACCCUCAUUAAACCAGAACAUACAAUAAGCAUAACAUACAACAAUACAAACAACCAAAUAAAAGACUUCCUUUAUCCUGUAUCUGCCCUCCUCAUUUACGUCUUAUAAGCUGAAUAAUUAUUAAGAUUUUUCUAAUUGUAACUUAAAUAUCCACAAAUUAUCCUGCAGGCAUUAAUCGAGACAAGUUCGGGUAUGUAUUUUAGGGCAGUGUUUUGUGAAGUACCGUAUUUUUUGCUCUAUAAGACUCACUUUUUCCCUCCUAAAAAGUAAGGGGAAAUGUGUGUGCGCCUUAUGGAGCAAAUGCAGGCUGUGCAGCUAUCCCAGAAGCCAGAACAGCAAGAGGGAUUGCUGCUUUCACUGCACAGUGAUCCCUCUUGCUGUUCUGGUUUCUGAGAUUCAGAAUAUUUUUUUUCUUGUUUUGCUCCUCCAAAAACUGGGUGCGUCUUGUGGUCUGGUGCGUCUUAUAGAGCGAAAAAUACGGUAUUCUCUGCAUUUCCCCCAUGCUUUUUGAAACUCUUGUCUAGUGUGAUCUCUAACUGCCCCUGUUAAUCUAGCCAGUUCAAUAUACUCUAACAGUUUGUCUUGCCAUUCCUUUUUUGUUGUGUCAAAGAGCUCUGGGUCAUACCAGGUGAUGAGUUUCCUCUCCCCUUUUUGCCUCCAGGUGGUCGCCUGCCUCUCCAUCCCUGUCUGGCAGUGGUUCCUGGUAAGGUUUGGGAAGAAGGUGGCUGUCUUCAUAGGCCUCUCAGUGAGUGUCCUUCACAAGACCUGUUCUUGAUGACUUGUCUACAUUUUGCCUUUUUCAGUUGCAUUUGCAGAGGGUGGUGACAAGGAAAAGGGGCCGUUUUAGCCAUAGUUUCCUGCUCGUGGCAUGCUCUCCCCAGGGGAGCCUGCCUGGCGCUGUCAUUGACAUCUUUAAUAAUCAUAAUCAUAAUCAUAAUCAUAAUCAUUUAUUAUUUAUACCCCACAAAUCUGGCUGGGUUUCCCCAGCCACUCUGGGCGGCUUCCGACAAAGAAUUAAAAUACAGUAGUUUGUUAAACAUUAAAAGCUUCCCAAAACAGGGCUGCCUUCAGAUGUCUUCUAAAAGUCUGGUAGUUGUUUUUCUCUUUGACAUCUGGUGGGAGGGCGUUCCACAGGGCGGGUGCCACCACCAAGAAGGCACUGGACAGAUUAAGUCAGGGGUCAGCAAACUUUAUCAGCAAGGGGCCGGCCCACUGUCCCUCAGACCAUAUUUUUUUUUGGGGGGGGGGAUGAAUGAAUUCUUAUGCCCCAUAAAUAACCCAGAGAUGCAUUUUAAAUAAAAGCACACAUUUUGCUCAUGUAAAAACACCAGGCAGGCCCCACAAAUAACCCAGAGAUGCAUUUUAAAUGAAAGGACACAUUCUACUCAUGUAAAAAACACGCUGAAUCCCUGGACUGUCCACGGGCCAGAUUGAGAAGGCGAUUGGGCUGGAUCCGGCCUGGGCCUUAGGUUGCCUACCCCUGGAUUAAGUCAACUGUUCUGUUGUUUGUUGAUAAGAUGUUUCCUGCCGCUGAAGUUUUCCGCUGUUGCUGGGUCUGUUUCAUAAUAGUUUUCCUGCAGUUUAUUAUCUGUUUUUAUGAUAUACUUUAUGCUCUCUUUUUAAAAGUUGCUCAGAGACUCCCCCCCCACACACACCUUUUACACUUUUCUAUAAGUGACUAACAAGCCAAAUAAAUUUACCAGUAAUGUAACAAACCUGUGAUGUGGAGGAAAACACCUUGGAUAAUGCCCUUUUCUCCACCAGGCAUUGUGCCAGGAGAAAGCAGGAUUGGAGCACCUCUGAAAUUUUUCUACCCUGCAGAUUAAAAGUACUAAGUACUUAAAAGUACUAUGUCAGCAAAAAGCACCUGACACAUCUAUGAUGUGCUUUGAAAAAGAGAGAGAGAGUGAGUCAGUGAGAUUACACAUUUCCAAAAGAGAGAUAUUGGUCCAAGACUGCACUGUGACUGCAGAGGUGAGCCUUAAACACUGUAUAUCGCCUAAUAUAAUGUUAAGAGCCAACUGGCUAUAGAAAACCAUCGGGGAUAGGUUGGAAAAAUAUAUAUGCCAAAUUCCAGAGGGGUAACAAAUGAGACCUACAAGUAAAGCUGUAGAUCAGGCUGUGGAACUCCUGCUGCGCUCCGAAGGCUUGCGGAUAGCUGCCUGAAGCCCCUAGAGCGCAGCCUUUGAAGCCUCUGCAGAGCAGCGGGGUGCCUUCACCCCACUGCCCUGCGGAGGCUUUGCGCAGCCAUCCUCAAGCUAGAACAGCGAGACGGAGCACUGCACAGCGCUCCAUCUCCCUGUGUUGGCUUUGGGCUUAGCCGCACAGCCUGCGUUCGCUCUAUAGGACGCACACACAUUUCGCCUUAAUUUUUGGAGGGGAAAAAGUGCGUCCUAUAGAGCGAAAAAUACGGUAGAUGGCUGUGAGGAAGUGAGGGCUUUCCGUCUUGACAGCUGAUGGAGGAAGACCAGCAGGAACGAGCUGUGUGUUCUUUAGGCCUGACAUCCCACCAAGUGUGUGGAGGUCAAAUUUUUGCAAAUAAAGAGUUCACCCCAUCUUUGAACUGCGUGAUUACGGACUGGCAUGCUUCUGUGACAAGACCCCCAUAGGAAUCCCGCAAGCCUGAGUGCGAGAGCAGCUCUCCCUACUUGUGAUUUCCCACAAACUGCAUUUAGGUGUAUCCCAUCUCUGGCAGCGUAGGUAGAUCAGGUAGCCAAUCCUGGCUCCUAGUUGUCGAUGAGGUGGCUCUUUUUCCUCUUUUUCUUUCCUCUCCUCCUCCUGCUCACCUUGUCUGCUGCAGCUGAUCAUCCCGUCUCUCAUUGUUAUCACGGUCGUGACCCACAACUUCCUGGUCUACGUCUUCAUGGUCGCCCUGGCAGGAAGCAGCCUCGCCGUCCUCUACUUGUUGCCAUGGUGAGCGGAAGGGAAGUCCCGAACAAUAGCGGGCUCGUCUGGGGAGGGUGUACCACAUCCGGACGGAAGCUUCCUGAAAUCCCGUGCUAUGCUUUCCAGCAUUUCGGCACUCCGGGAACUCUCAGAGGCACUUGGUUCAUAAAAUGCAGCGCUAGGCACAUGGGUGUGAGAAAACCAAGCAUGAGAGAGAUUUAUAACAGGGUCUGCUGCUGUGUUUGCUCCAGCAAGUUUUUCCCUUUGGAGUUUUCUGUUGUAAUUCCUACUUGCCCCUUGAUAUGACCAGCCCAAGAGAUUUUGCCGCUUGAGGCAAAACAAAAUGAGGUGGCUGGAGGUGGCCCAGGGAAGUCCCGAUACUCUGAAGGCAGUGGGAGAGAAAAUGGGAGGCUGGGGGUGGCAAUGGCAUCAGGCAGCAGGCACAGAAGGUGGCAAGGGGCCCGCUCCUCGUGAACCAGAUCUGCCUUCCCUCCCAGCUUUCCCCAGCCUUCUGCCUGAGGUGACUGCCUCACUGAGGCUAAUGGAUGAGCCGGCCUUGCCCCUCAAUCUCAUCUGUCUUUCGAUACGAUGAUACGAUAAUCUUUAUUGUCAUUGUCCCAUGCAGAACAAUGAAAUUGAAGAAAUCUACAACAGACAUUCCAAAACCAACAAGCCUGCUAUCCCAGCCUGGUUAACCCCCUAAAAACUCUGAUACCCCCUAAUUAAAUACAAUAUACGGGUGGCACAGUGGGUUAAACCGCAGAGGCUAGGACUUGCUGAUCAGAAGGUCGGCAGUUCGAAUCCCCGUGAUGGGGUGAGCUCCCGUUCCUCGGUCCCUGCUCCUGCCAACCUAGCAGUUCGAAAGCACGUCAAAGUGCAAGUAGAUAAAUAGGUACUGCUCCGGCAGGAAGGUAAAUGGCGUUUCCGUGUGCUGCUCUGGUUUGCCAGAAGCGGCUUAGUCAUGCUGGCCACAUGACCCGGAAGCUGUGCACCAGCUCCCUCGGCCAAUAAAGUGAGAUGAGCGCUGCAACCCCAGAGUUGGUCAUGACUGGACCUAACGGUCAGGGGUCCCUUUACCUUUACUUUACUCCCACAGAGACUACCUUACACUGCGUUUAAAACCAAAAUCGCAUUUGGAUAGAAACUGUUUCUCAGGCGGCUAGUCCUAGUCUUUAUAACCCUGUACCUUCUUCCAGAAGGCAGAAGCUGAAAGAGAUCAUUUCCGGGGUGCGCACUAUCCUGCGCUAUCUCUGCAGCUUUCUUAUGGCACCUGGAAGCAUAGAUUUGAUCCAAGGUGGGAAGAGUGCACCCAAUUAUUCUCUCUAGAUGAUCAAGGCCCUUCCAGUGGGUCAAAGCAAAUUAUUAGCUCCAGCAAAGCUCCUAAGAGCCCACCUUGUUCCUCUAGCACCCUUACCGCUCCCAGGGCAAAUCGUGCCCCCAACUUGAGGGUUGUCAGAACCUUUGGGGACAUUUGUAUCUCGAUUUUGGGCUAAUUUUGUCCACUGGGACUGGCAGCAGCUCUGCGAGGUCCAGGGCAAAUGUAGCUUAGUAAAGUCCCCGAGUGCCUGGGAAAUCUGAGUCCCUGGGCUUCGUCCCUUUUGCACCGACAGUUGCUACUUUGCUGGUGGACUUUCUGAGAUAAGGAAAAUGAUGGAGGGAACCGCACUUGCUUGACGCAGAUUCCUUGCGAGGGAAUCAGAAUGAAUACUCGACAGGCAACCUCCCUGCAGACUUUGUGCAAAAACAUUGAGUAAGGCAAAGGUAGAGGGACCCCUGACCAUUAGGUCCAGUCGUGGCCGACUCUGGGGUUGCAGCGCUCAUCUCGCUUUAUUGGCCGAGGGAGCCAGCGUACAGCUUCCGGGUCAUGUGGCCAGCAUGACUAAGCCGCUUCUGGCGAACCAGAGCAGCGCACGGAAACGCCAUUUACCUUCCCGCUGGAGCGGUAUCUAUUUAUCUACUUGCACUUUGACGUGCUUUCGAACUGCUAAGUUGGCAGGAGCAGGGACCAAAAAACGCAGCUUCUCCAGCCAGUAAAGCUAAUAUUAUUAUAAUGACGUAUAUAAUCUUCCCAUAAUAAUUUCACAGUAGGGCAUAGUACUAAAGAAACUAAUGAUCUGCCAUCCCUUUCACUUAGAGAAUUCCACACAACACAAAUAAUCCCAUACAUCAUUUAUAAAAGCAUAAUGGGGGAAACUGUGGGAAAAUAACAGAUGGUAAGUAGAAAGAAUCCAAAAUUAUUAUUUAAGGAACUAAUGGAUGCACUGGUUUUUCAGAGCUGAAAAGGGACUGACUGUUGUUGUUUUUUAUCUUUUCACUUGCUGCGUUUUCCAAGUGUGUACAGCAUCUGUUACUAAAAACCUCUAUGAGAGGAUAUGGGGGAAACUUUUAUCACUGGAUAUCAAACAUUAAAGGUAAAGGUAAAGGGACCCCUGACCAUUCGGUCCAGUCGUGACCAAAUCUGGGGUUGCAGCGCUCAUCUCACUCUAUAGGCCAAGGGAGCCGGCGUUUGUCCACAGACAGCUACCGGGUCAUGUGGCCAGCAUGGCGAACCAGAGCAGCACAUGGAAAUGCCGUUUACCUUCCCGCCGGAGUGGUACCUAUUUAUCUACUUGCAGUUUGAUGUGCUUUCGAACUGCUAGGUUGGCAGGAGCAGGGACUGAGCAACGGGAGCUCACCCCGUCGCGGGGAUUUGAACCGCCAACCUUCUGAUCAGCAAGUCCUAGGCUCAGUUGUUUAACCCACAGCGCCACCCGUGUCCCUUAAAACAUUGAGAUUUAUGCUUAAUAGGGAAGUUGUCUUGAAGCAACCUUAGAUUUGCUCGUUCAUGGGUGAAUUGUUGCUGUGGUGACUGUCUUGCAGGUGCAAACCGCUUGACUUGAUCUCCUCCUGUUCCCCAGGUCCAUGCUUCCAGAUGCAGUGGACGAUUUCAAGCUGCAGAACCCCACCUGGCUCAACCUGGAAGCUUUCUUCUACUCGUUCUACGUUUUCUUCAACAAGCUCGCCGCCGGCCUCUCCCUUGGGAUUUCCACCAUGAGUCUGCAGUAAGCUCCCUCGUUCCAGCCUUCUUGCUCCUAAGCCACAAACGCUGUCCCAAAAUCCCUUUCGCUUCCUGGGAAGGGAGAAUGACCUAGAGCAGGGGUCAGAAAACAUUUUCAGCAGGGGGCCGGUCUGCUGUCCCUCAGACCUUGUGGGGGCCCCGACUAUAUUUUUUUUGGGGGGGGGGGGAAUGAACGAAUUACUAUGCCCUGCGGGUGGCACUGUGAUCUAAACCACUAAGCCUCUUGGGUUUGCUGAUCAGAAGGUCGGCAGUUCAAAUCCCCGUGACGGGGUGAGCUCCCGUUGCUCGGUCCCUGCUCCUGCCAACCUAGCAGUUCGAAAGCACAUCAAUAGUGCAAGUAGAUAAAUAGGUACUGCUCUGGUGGGAAGGUAAACGGUGUUUCCAUGCGCUGCUCUGGUUCCCCAGAAGCGGCUUAGUCAUGCUGGCCACAUGACCCGGAAAAACUGUCUGCGGACAAACGCCAGCUCCCUCGGCUUUUAAAGCGAGGUGUGCACUGCAACCCCAGAGUCGUUCAUGACUGGACUUAAUUGACAGGGGUCCCUUUACCUUUUACAAAUAACCCAGAGAUGCAUUUUUUAAAUAAGCACACAUUCUACUCAUGUAAAAACCCCAGGCAGGCCCCACAAAUAACCCAGAGAUGCAUUUUAAAUAAAAGGACACAUUCUACUCAUGUAAAAACAUGCUGAUUCCCCGACCAUCCGUGGGCCGGAUUGGGCCAGAUCUGGCCCCCAGGCCUUACUUUGCCUACCUAGAGGCAGGGCUGGCUUAAGAGCCCUCAUGGUGCAGUGGUUAGAGUGCUGGACUCUAACCUGGGAGACCCGGGUUCGAAUCCCCCACUCGGCCAUGGAGCUCUCACUGGGUGACCUUGAGUAACAGCGUUGUUGUUGUGAGGAUAAAUGAGGAGGAAGGGAACCACGCUCCUUGGAGGAAAAAGUGGCAUAUAAACAAAGAAAUAAUCUAUUUUUUUUUUAAAAAAGCCAUCAUUUCCAGUUUUGCAGGUUACAGAGCCACGGACUGCACACAUAACCCCCAGGUGAUCCUGACGCUGCAAAUUCUCAUGGCGCCUGUUCCCAUUGCCCUGCUGCUCUCCUCCAUGGCAGUCUUCUUCUCCUACCCCAUCGAUGAAAAGCGGAGGAAGCAGAUCAGAGUGGAAAUGGAGGCGACUGGGUAAGGAUGGGGUUCUCCGAUGUGGUGCAGAAGAGUUGGAGAACCUUAAAGUGGUGGAGGGUCGCCCCUAAUUAAAGGCACAGGCUUCCCUAUCCUAAAGGCUUGGGCUGGGCAUUUUAGACCACAUAUAAUAAAUAAUAAUAAUAAUAAUUUUUUAUUUAUAUCCCGCUCUCCCCAGCCGAAGCCGGGCUCAGGGCGGCUAACAACAAUAAAAUAAUACAACAUUCUAAAAUCAUUUCAUUAUAAAAUUAAUUCAAAUCAAAUUAAUGGCAACCAUUGGGCUAGAGUUCUGUGAAGACUGCCAAAGGAGGGAGUCAGGCUGUGCCCUGGCCAAAGGCCUGGUGGAACAGCUCUGUCUUGCAGGCCCUGCAGAAAGAUGUCAAGUCCCGCAGGGCCCUAGUCUCUUGUGACAGAGCAUUCCACCAGAUCGGGGCCACAGCCGAAAAAGCCCUGGCUCUGGUUGUGGCCAGCCUAACCUCUCUGUGGCCUGGGACCUCCAAGAUGUUUUUGUUUGAAGACCGUAAGUUCCUCUGUGGGACAUACCAGGAGAGGCGGUCCCGUAGGUACGAGGGUCAUAGGCCAUAUAGGGCUUUAAAAGUUAAAACCAGCACCUUAAACCUGAUCCUGUACUCCACCGGGAGCCAGGGCAGCUGGUAUAGCACCGGGUGAAUGUGAUCCCGUGGCAAGGACCCCGUAAGGAGUAGCAUUCUGCACCCGCUGGAGUUUCUGGGUCAGUCUCAAGGGCAGCCCCUGCAAACAUCUUCCAAGACAAUAAUGCCCAUUUACACCACAAAGAACUCAUAACCCACCUACUCUCAGCAGCCAGAAACAUCAUAGCCAGACACUGGAGAGACCUGUCAGGAGUAAGCAUGGACCAGUGGUACCAAAUAGUCUGGGAAACAGCCUAUUAGAAAAACUAGCCAACAAACUGACAUGGGGACAAAUAGAAGAAGAUGCCUUCACCCCGGUAUGGCUACCCCUUUAUCACAUACACAGCCCAACAAGACAGCAACAAGAAUCCGCCGACAGCAUACAAAUCAAUCUGGCUAACCUGAUUCAAAAAUACAUACUCACACCCUGCUCACACACAAAAACAAUUCUCACUGCAGCCAACCAAAGACAACCAACCACACGCUAGGCCACCUCAACCUCUCUCACCACCAAGGAAAUACAACAAGUGAAUAGGGAACCAGGCAGAGGGCCUUCUCAGUGGUGGCACCCGCCCUGUGGAAAGCCCUCCCACCAGAUGUCAAAGAGAAAAACAACUAUCAGACUUUUAGACGACAUCUGAAGGCAGCCCUGUUUAGGGAAGCUUUUAAUGUUUAACAGACUACUGUAUUUUAAUACUUUGUUGGAAGCUGCCCAGAGUGGCUGGGGAAGCCCAGCCAGAUAGGCGGGGUAUGUAUAAAUUAAUUGAUUAAUAAUUAUAGUAAGAGAACCCAUAAAAGUAACACUGACACUAAGUAGAAUAAUAGAAGCAUAACCACUCCACCCCACCCCACUCGCCAUUCCUUCCUCCCCCUCUUCCCCCCUUUUUCUCCUCCUCCUUCUUUUUCCUAAUUGUUUAAACCAAUUCAUGAACCAAGAACUUAUACAUUGACCACUAGUAAUGAAACAUGGAGAUAUUUUUUCCACAUUUAUUAUGCUAUGGUUGUGAUAUACAAAUGACAUGAGAAAACUUGGUAUACUUAUUUGUAUAACAUUAUUCUUGUUUAUAAAACCCAAUAAUAUUAAUAAGAAGAAGCCACAGGCACUGGGAGUAUGGUUUUUUUCCCUCCCCACACAUUACCCGCUAGCCAUGGGGGCAGCAGCUUCAAAGGUUUGGAUAUAUGCAAUUUCAGUGUAUAUGCAGUACCUUUGGAACCGAACCCACACGUAAGACAAGAUCGUGCUGUAGAUGUCAACUGGCUUGGCAGUCAAGUCAUUCCAUCUUUCCAGGGAACCCUGAGAAAUAAUAAUAUAACAAUAAUUUAUUAUUUAUACCCCGCCCAUCUGGCUGGGUUUCCCCAGCCACUCUGGGUAGCUUCCAACAAAAUAUUAAAAUACAGUAGUCCGUCAAACAUUAAAAGCUUCCCUAAACAGGGCUGCCUUCAAAUGUCUUCUAAAAGUCUGGUAGUUGACAUCUGGUGGGAGGGAGUCAUAGCUGUCAACUUUUCCCUUUUCUUGCGAGGAAUCCUAUUCGGAAUAAGGGAAUUUCCCUUAAAUAAAGGGGAAAGUUGAGCGCUAUGGAGGGAGUUCCAGAGGGCGGGUGCCACAACUGAGAAGGCCCUCUGCCUGGUUCCCUGUAACUUGGCUUUUUGCAGUGAGGGAAUCGCCAGAAUGCCACUGGUGCUGGACCUCAGUGUCUGGGCUGAGUGAUGGGGGUGGAGACGCUCCUUCAGGUAUACUGGAUAUGCUUUCAUUGGGGCUGAAGGAGGCAAAAGAAAAUGCACAGAGAGGGAAGAGAGGCCAAUCUCCUUCCACUGACCUUAGCCAGCCAAAAUCACCUAUCCCCCCCACCCCCAAAAGUCUUAACCCAGGGCUGGGGAGCCUCCUGGCCAUAGCCCUGAUGAGGCCUAUCCUGGAUCCCAAAGCUGCUUCCCCCAUGUGUGAUGUGGGGUGAGUGGCAGGUGGAGAGACAGCUGUUUAUGCACAAUUUGCAGUGUGUUCCCAAUGGUGCCUGCACAUGUUUGCUGGGGCUGAUGGGAAGUGUAGUCCAACAGCUUCCUGGGGCACCGGGUUUGCAAAGGGUGCUCUACGAGUUCGUUUGCCCCCUUUCGGAGAGCUCUGUGCGCCUAUUCCAUAAUUUCCCACUCUGCACCAACCUUUAGACGCUGAGCCUCUCCUCCGAUUUCACGUUCAUCUUUGCUGUUUUUCUAAGCAGGCAUCAGGGUCAGACAGAACGCCCAGAAUCAGAGGCAAGUUAG